CUCCCCAACCUUACACACCUGAGGCUCCAAUGAAAUCUUGCCAGAGCUUCAAGGAGGAGGUGUCAGUCCCAAGUUCAGGAGGUAUGGCCCAGGAUGAUGGGCGCAGAACACACACGUCCCAGACGUACUACCAGCCCCCGGACCUGGACCUUUCUGGGAAGUUGUUUAAGCGGGAGGGGGGCGGUAAGCCAUAUUCCGUGCUGGUGGACAACAAGAUGGGAGCCAAGGGGCUCCUGGGGGAUGCAGUUCCUGGGCAAGUGAACCCCCAUCAGCCACAGCAGCAGCAGUAUUACAGGGAGGCGGGGACCCCAGGGUUGGAUUCGGGUACGCCAGGGGCCCCUGCGGCCCAACAAGCUGGAGUGGAGACAUCCGAUGACUCGGAUGGCUCUGAGGAAGAUGACGAGGAGGAAGAGGGUGAUGAAGAGGUGACGGAGUCUUUUAAACGGGAGCAGAUCAUCGUAGAGGUCAAUUUGAACAACCAGACCCUCAACGUGUCCAAGGGCGAUAAUAAGCAGCCUUCACCCCCGGCCUCUACAGACACGUCUGGCAGGGUCAAAUCCGGGAGCGAGGAAGAGGAGGAAGAGGAAAGCAUGGAGGAGGAGGAAGAUGAAGAGGAUGAGGAAGAACCAGAAGAAGAGGACGACGAUGAUGAAGAGGAUGAGGAAGAGGAAAGGGAAGGCCGAAGAACAAGAGCCAAGAAAUCCCAGCGGAGCGAAGUGAGCAGCGACACCAGCCCCACACCGCCACAGCGCACGACCCGGCGGACCACCAUGGCGGCUGCCAGUGCCACAGCGCCAGGUGUGACCACAAGGGGGAGACGGCGCUGUGCGGAGCAGCCCAAGCGGAAAUCGCGUCCGGCCCGGGAGCCCAAGGCGGCCGUCUCGAGGCCCACACCUUCGGACGCAACGGGGCCCGCAGCCAAGACGGGGGGCGAUGAGCGGGAGACCCUGGCGUGUGAGAAGUGCCCGCGCGUCUUCAAUACCCGCUGGUACCUCGAGAAGCACAUGAAUGUCACGCACCGGCGCAUGCAGAUCUGCGACAAGUGCGGCAAGAAGUUUGUGCUGGAGAGUGAACUGGCUUUGCAUCAACAGACAGACUGCGAGAAGAACAUCCAGUGUGUGUCCUGCAACAAGUCCUUCAAGAAGUUGUGGUCCCUGCACGAGCACAUCAAGAUCGUGCAUGGCUACGCGGAGAAGAAGUUUGCCUGUGAGAUAUGCGAGAAGAAGUUCUACACCAUGGCUCACGUGCGCAAGCACAUGGUCGCCCACACCAAGGACAUGCCGUUCACCUGUGAAACAUGUGGGAAGUCGUUUAAGCGCAGCAUGUCCCUGAAGGUGCACUCUCUGCAGCAUUCGGGGGAGAAGCCAUUCCGCUGUGAGAACUGCGAUGAGAGGUUCCAGUAUAAGUACCAGCUGCGGUCCCACAUGAGCAUCCACAUCGGACACAAGCAGUUCAUGUGCCAGUGGUGUGGCAAGGACUUCAACAUGAAGCAGUACUUCGACGAGCACAUGAAGACCCACACGGGCGAGAAGCCGUUCAUCUGCGAGAUCUGCGGUAAGAGCUUCACCAGCCGGCCCAACAUGAAGCGGCACCGGCGGACUCACACGGGCGAGAAGCCGUACCCCUGUGAGGUGUGUGGCCAGCGCUUCCGCUUCUCCAACAUGCUCAAGGCCCACAAGGAGAAGUGCUUCCGGGUCACCAGCCCCGUCAACCUGCAGCCCACCGGCCUCCCCCUAUCUCUGCACCUCCCAGCCCCCUCCUCGUCCGGCCCAGCCCCGGUGCCCUCCGUCAGCCCCCAGGUCCCUGGCGCCCCCGUCCCCGCCUCGCCCCUCGGCCUCAGCCCCUCAGGUGGGCCCCUCCCCCCCAGCCGGCCGGUGGGCCACACCUUCACACAGCUGCACCUGCACUCGCACCCCUCCCACCACCAGCACCACCACGCCCCGCAUCCGUCCCACCACCACCUGCCGGUGCCACCUGUCUCGCACCUGCCGCCACCCCCGGCUCUCUUCAAGAGCGAGCCGCUCAACCACCGCGGCCAUGAGGACGGCUACAUGCGGCACAUGACGCCUCCCGACAAGGGCACGGGUGCCCCCCCACACCACUGAGUGCCGCUGCCGGAAGGAGGGACUCGCACGGCGACCACCGGUCCGCUCUCCUGCCUCGCCAGCUGGCCCACGUCUCACCGCCUCCCUAGACUUUGGGGAGAGACGAACAGGGUGCCGAUGGGGGCUGCCCGCUUCCAGUGCCACCUGUUUCUGUUUGACUGUGAGUGUGUAUGUGUGUAUGAGAGGCCAGCCCCCCCCCCGACUGUAGGCUCUUGGCCCCACGGGGCAGAUGGCACCCAGCGGUCUGCUUCAGGACUCUGUGUCUGUGUGUCAGGGUUGUCCAUCAAGCAGCGGCUUCUUGUCAUCAAGCUCGUUAACCUCCCACGUGGCCAAGGCAGUGUCGGGGGGGGGGUCACGCGUUCCAUUCUUCAGCAUUCCUUUGUUGACUCCCAUGUCUCAGUGUUUUUUUUUCCCCCCCUUGUGUGCUUGUCUUUGGUGGUCAGAUGUGGGCAGAGCCAGAAGCAGACAGCAGGGCCCACGGGGGUCAGAUCCAAUGUCUUAGGGCCUUUCGGAUUUCAUUUCUUUGGGGGGGGUUGGCAUCUCCCAGGCUCGGUUACACGCGACAGUCAUAUCGCAGAUUCUCAGUAUGGAUUUCUCCAUCAGGGCUGUGUCAGUGGCGCCCCCUAAGGGACAGUGCCACACGCGUUCUGAUAGGCCGGUUAGUGCUCUUUGGUAGUGACCUAUUUCUUUAAUUUUUUUCUCUUCCCCAAAUGGCUGCUCUGACUGUAAAACCCCUUAAGCUGCUGCUUUCCAGACGCCUGACAUUUUGACUGACUGUUUUGAACUGACAUUGUUCAGGAGGAUGCUCCCGACCCUCCCCCGUCCCCCUCCUCCUGCCCCAGCUUCCUCACUGCCAGAUGGCCUGGGAGCCACCAGAAAGCCCAGGGGCCCGUGCGCGCCCAGGGGCCCGGGCCAUGGCUCCCCCGUGGUCUGAAACGCUGCUGUUUUUUCCUCCGGUUUCCCGAUCUCCUAUUAAGAAGUUGCAGCCGUGGCUCCCGGGGGCUGUUCUGUUAGCUCGUCUCUCCCCCUCGGGCCUCCCAGCGGUGCUGUCACUGCUUCCAAACCUCACGCAUCAGGCCCAGUGCCUACAGACGCGAUUACCUUCCCGGCGGUGUCCCUGCUGGCUAUGCAGUGUGUGCUUUUCCUCCUGCUCUGGUUCCCAGCUUGCUUUGGACAAAUCCAGUGUUUCAAAAAGAGAAUGUUUAUCGUUCCGUUAACCACCCCCCCCCCCCCCCCCCAACAAAACAAACGAUUAUCCACAAACAAAUACUGCAGAAUUAGAAUGUGGAUUUUAAACUGGUUUAUUUAACGGGCCCAAUUUAAAUGUCUAAAUUGGUCAUAGCAAACUACACAGUCAAAGGACGUCUUUUUGUUUGCAACGUGCAAGCAGAUAAGUUUGAUUUGACGGUUGGCGAACGUGUCCUUGGCCGCGUUUUUUGGGGCAGCCGGCUUUCUAGAACCCACUGUGAGUGGCUUUUUAAUGUCUCUGUUCUCCAUCUUGUCCACGAGCUGCCAUUACGCAGGGUUUAGCGACACUGAGAUGGCGAGUAGGGUGGCUUUUCUGUGUGUGUCCUUACCCCGUCUCCACCCCCCCAUUGGCCAUCGCCGUGGCAACAGGCAGCCAUCAGUCUCAGGUACCUCCAGUCAACUUCCAGCGCACCAAACCCUUCUUAGCUGCCAGCCUCGAAGGAGUGUUUCAGUCCCCCAUCCACCGAGAGCUUUGAUCCCACAUCUGCAGGACACACAUGUUCCAAAGUGGUCCCCCCCCCUCCCCAUGUGCCUGACAGCUGGUGAACGCUCAUCUCCUCCCCCACUGGCCCCUCAGCACGAGCCCGGCUGUCACCUAUGAGCUCACGCCCAACCCUUGUGCAUCCGUUUGAGAUCCUCCAGGCUCAGUUGGAUGGUUGGUCAAGUCUCAUUUUCUAAAAAUUUUUAACAUUUUGUUAUAAAACUUUUUUUUUUUUUUUUUAUAUUAUCAUGGUGUGGAUAAGGCUGAGAGGUAAAUAACGAGUGAGAGAGUAAAGGUUCGUAUCACGUGUAGCGCUCGUGUGAUGACUGUGUCUGCGAGGAAUUGAAGAGGAGUCCAUUCAGUCACUUUGCUGGUGAGUGGUGUUUGCAUGUGUGACAGUGUACCGAGCUCUGGCAGUGAGCCUGUGCAGCCAACCGAGAUGGAGAAAUCCCAGGAAGAGGAACGUUAACCAGAGGAUUUCGGGACAUUCCCCCCCCGAGCCAGCUGUGAUCCGCCGUCGUCCGUUGCCUCUUCUGGAACCUUCCCUGCCCUGUGUAACCCUCUGCACUUUACCGCUGUGCACAUGAAACGUGGCGAAGGGCGGGAGAGCGCCUCCCCAGAAUCCGAAGCGUCCCACUGCAGGAGGGGGGGGGGGGGGGGGGGCUCUGCAGUAGGGAGGGAGGAAGAGGAGGAAAUGAGGGAAUGCUGGUGAGGAAGAUGGCGCAGCUCUUGGGAGUGCAUCCUCAGCCAGUACUGAUCUGGAGGACUCCGAAGAGUGGGGGGUGUCCUCUUCAUGGUGCUUUUCCCCAUUCAGACCUUCUGAAGCAAUCUUUCACAAGCCCCUCCCUGCCUUGCUGGACACCGCCCCCUGCCCCCCAUUACAACAUGGGCUGUUCCAACCUUUAUAUUGGUUUCCCAUUUAUUAACGUUUUUUUUUUUUUAUUUUAUUUUGUUCUAUUGUAUGACUCUCCCUUUAUCUUUGUUAUAUAGAAAUGCACUUUCUACUAAAAUCAUUGCUAGUUCAAAGAAAAGAAAAAAAAACAAUACUGAGUUCUAUUCUUUAAAGAUGUUUUAAAAAGCAAUCUACUUUUUAUGUAUUUUUAACCACUUAAUGUAGCAUUGUGUGUUUUAUUCUGGUGAGUGUCUGGUGCCUGUCGUGCAGCUUCGCGGCUGUUCUGUGCUCACAGGAGCAGACGCCCUGGGCCUUUUUUGAUAAUGUGCAUUUAACAGACUUUAUGCUAACUUUCAGAGUAAAACAAGUAGCCAUAAUUAUGA